CCGUUUUAGUUAGCAAUUAGAAGAAUCAAAGAUAGCAAAACCAAAACACCCUAACUUCUCUUGCCCUCAGCUAUUUCACCUCACUCCCAAAACUCUUGAGGGCACAACGGUGCUUGACUUGCUUCGAUGGCAGCAGAGAAGAACAUGCAAUCUCCAAAUUAAAUUAUAGUGAUGCUGAAGUUGUUAUUUUUGCUUAUUACUCCUUUAUUAUCGUUACUUUUUAAGACAUGUUUGGGAUGAAUGAGAUCACUUCUUUUUCCCUCUAUAUUUGAUAAACUUGAUUUUUAUUUGAAAAACUGUUUGUUGGGAUUGCUUGCAUGAAGAUAAUAAUGGUUGCUGCUUUAGUCUUGCACUCUUGGGAGCUUUAUAUUCUUUUGAUCUAUUUUAUUUUUAUGAAUUACUUUAAAGUUAUGAGUAGUAUAGCUAAGUCUAGAAUUUGUUGUUGCUUUGAUGAUCUAUGUUAUUGUGUGUUAAACUAUUUUUGAUAAUUGUGUAUUUUUUAAUGUAGGAAGAGAUUUACAGAUCAUAUGGUAACUCGUGACAUCACGAAAGAUUUAUUAAGUAGGAUGCCUUCUCCAGCGCCAAGAUGGCAGGAUUAUUGUCCAAACAUGAAGGACGAAUUGUUUAAAGGUUUUCUGGAAAAACAUGAAUUUGCAUCAAAUUAUGAUAAGGCUAUGGCAAGAACUGUUUGGAAUAAGACAAUGCAUGACCGCUAUCCUGAUAUUUUGAAAAGAGCAAGGGAUAGAGCUUUUAAGGAGGCAAACUCUACUAGUAUUGCUGAUAUUAAGGGUCAUGGACCUAAAGCAAUGAAAGUUGAUGUUUGGAAUGGAUUAGUUGAUCAUUGGUUAGAUUCAAAGUGGCAAAACAAGUCUGUGGCCGGUCAAAAAAAUAGGGCUGCUAUGCCUGCUCAUAAACUACACACUGCAGGGUCUAUCAGUUUUGGCGAACACAAGAGAAGAAAGGACUCAUAUGGAGAGGCAAUAUCACAAAAAUAUGGAGAAGAUUUAAUAGAUCAACCUGAAGUUGAUCCUGACGUGUGGACAGAAGUUGCAGGAACCAACAAGAAAGGACGAGUUCAUGGGUUAGGCCGCAGUUUGGAUAUUGGUAUUCAUGAUCAUAGAGAUGUGCCAUUACCUGAAGAUACAGGUGUUUCUACAGUCAAGUCAGUUUCACACACAGACAUCACUGAGGCUAUUAAAGAAGCAUUGCCUAGUGCUAUAAAUGCAGUGUUGCCUAGUGUUGUAAAUGAAGCUAUACAGAGUAAUUUAUUGUCUCUCCUUUCUAAGAUUCCAGGAUUCCCCCAAGAGAAGAACCAUUAGAGUGAUUUUGCUGGGAAUAAUAUUUGAUUAGGUGGCUUAUGUUAAUGCAUUUUGUUAGGCUUAGCUUAUUAUCGUAGUUUAUUUGUUUGAUAGAUAAUUAAUUAGGCAAUUUGUUUCAUUUUCAGUUUUUAUAGAAGUUGACUUACUUUUAUUGAUAGUUU